AUGGCAGACGUCGAAAAACCCCAUCCAGCCAAGGAGCUGUCUCCUGAUGGUCAUGUAUUGGAGGGCUUUUCACACCAUGCCGAGGAUAUCACCGCAGACCGGGAGCCCUAUGGGCCACCGGGUCUGCGAGGUCUAAUCCUGAACCCUUUCGUAUUGAUGUGCGCCGCUUGUUCAACCCUGGGCGGCUUGAUCUUCGGAUAUGAUCAGGGCGUGGUCUCAGUCAUCUUGGUGAUGGAUCAGUUUCUGGAUGAGUUCCCGCGGGUCGGGGGCUCGGGAGCUGGGUUCUGGAAGGGACUACUCACAGCGAUGAUUGAACUAGGGGCCCUGCUCGGCGCACUCAAUCAGGGUUGGAUCGCCGACAAGAUCUCUCGCCGGUACUCAAUCCUUGUAGCUGUCGCGAUCUUCACGAUUGGAUCGGUCCUGCAGACGGCGGCCAUGGACUAUGCCAUGUUGACGAUCGCGCGACUGAUUGGCGGCGUCGGGAUUGGUAUGCUGUCCAUGGUGGCGCCCUUGUACAUCUCUGAAAUCAGCCCUCCCGAAUGCCGAGGAACUUUGCUUGUCCUCGAGGAAUUCUGCAUCGUGCUCGGUAUUGUGAUCGCCUACUGGAUCACUUAUGGCACUCGAUACAUGGCUGGCGAAUGGUCCUGGCGCCUACCUUUUCUUUUGCAGAUGAUCCCGGGCUUUAUCCUAGCCGCCGGAGUCUAUGCUCUCCCCUUUUCACCUCGAUGGCUCGCCUCGAAAGGCCGCAACGAAGAAUCCCUCCAAAGCCUUUCGAAGCUUCGUAACUUGCCGACCACUGACCGCCGUGUGCGCCAGGAAUAUAUGGACAUCCUAGCCGAGGUUCGAUUCCACCAGCAGAUGAACGCAGAAAAGCACCCCAAUCUUCAAGGUGGUGGCUUGAAGAAUGAAAUUCUCUUGGAGCUGGCCUCUUGGGCCGAUUGCUUCAAAACUGGCUGCUGGCGCCGAACCCAUAUUGGCACGAUGAUCAUGUUCUUUCAGCAAUUUGUUGGCAUUAAUGCUCUGAUCUACUAUUCUCCCAGCCUUUUUGGCACCAUGGGCUUCGACACUGAAAUGCAAUUGGUCAUGUCCGGAGUACUAAAUGUGUUGCAGCUGGUGGGUGUUACUACAAGUAUUUGGACGAUGGACACCUUGGGGCGUCGCAAGCUUCUGCUGGGCGGAUCUGUUCUGAUGGCCGUGUCCCAUAUUAUCAUUGCAAUCCUGGUCGGUCUCUAUAGCUCGAACUGGGCGGCACACCAGACUCAGGGAUGGGUCAGUGCUGCAUUUUUGUUAUUCUACAUGAUCGCUUUCGGCGGCUCGUGGGGACCUGUUCCCUGGGCGCUUCCUUCCGAAAUCUUCCCCUCCUCCCUUCGUGCCAAAGGUGUUGCUAUUUCGACUUGCUCCAACUGGCUUAACAACUUCAUCAUUGGUCUCAUAACUCCACCCCUGGUCGAAAACACAGGAUACGGUGCCUAUGUCUUCUUUGCCGUGUUCUGUCUGCUGUCUGGCGUGUGGACCUUUUUCUUUGUACCAGAGACCAAAGGUCGCACUCUUGAGCAGAUGGAUCAUGUGUUCAAAGAUAAUUCGAAUGAGCAUGAGCAGGCUCGCAGAGAUGCAAUUGAAACGGAGCUCCUGGCCGAGCGACAGUAUGUAUAA